CCUGCCUUUGUCUUUGGAAUUGCAAUAUAGAUAUAGUUUCGAUAGCUUAUAAGACCUAGAAUGUCAAAUUUACAGAACGAGCUUGAAAGUGAUGAACUUGAAUUUCUUGAGAAGGCAUUUGAAUGCUGUGACGAGGCUGAUUCUGUUUCUCAAGGCGUGAUCGCUGUAGAAAAGGACUCUGAAAAAUACGUCAAGAAGAAGUCAACAGUGCCUCCUUAUCCUAAUCAACCCUGUGCCGAAAGGAUUGUACGUAGAGAAAAGGUAUCAUCUUCUUGGGGGAUACACAUAAAUAAGGAAAAACAAAGUGGUUCCAUGACAAAUGAAAUUCCAGCUCUUCUUUGUUUUGAAAAUGGAGAAAGUUUCAAUGAAGAAAUGAUUCACAAGUUAGAGAAAGCUUUAUCUACAAUCAGUGGAGGCAGUAUUAAUGUCCUGAAGUACUCUGACUUGCAGAUCCUUGCAAAAUUCAAAGGAUAUGAUGCAUAUCAAGAAUUUGGAAAACGUUUCAUGAAUGGAGAAAUUCAAAAGAUCAAUGGAUUUGAGCUAACUGAGGUUAAAGUCAUUUCAGUCAUGAAUCCACUUCCAUUCUAUUUGGAGGUGUCAUGUUCCACUUCUGAUGGUCCUAAACUGCAAGCUGAUUUAUCAUCGUUCUUUGUAUCAUACUGUUCCAAUUUUUCUUGCAUUGCUUUAAAAGAGACUGCUCAGAAAGCCAUCUAUAGUACAAGCCCAACCGACUUCCCCCAAACUGAUGAAAUUGUGCCAGCCAUCAGCAUGAUGUUCAUGUUUAUGGCGAAAGCCCAAAGAAAUGCUCAAAAGUUUAUCCAAGCGAUGGAGAUAGCUGGAAAGGAUUGGGAAGAGUUUUCUAUGCCUAAAGAAUUUUGUGAGAACGGAGAAGUUUUUUUAAAAUUCUCAAACACACCCGGAGUGUCGCUUUCAGUUAAGCAGGGUUCACCAUUCGCUGGAAUAAAGAUCAUGUUAUUUGUAAGCAAAAAAUUUGAAGAAAUGGAGACAUUUUAUUCUUUCAUAACAGGAAAAUCACCUUUAGUUGUCGACAGAAUGGAAGAGGGAAUAAGGUAUAGGACUUAUUCUCUCUCAAGGAAAUUGGAGCUGCAGUUAGUCUUGCAUCCAAGGCUCAAGCCACUUCACUCAAAAAAUGUGAAUCUUUGCUUUUCAAUUAAUAAUAUUGAUAACAUUUUGUCAGGAUUUUCUGGAGAUGUCUGUAACGUUGGUGAGAGUCAUUGGCAGGUUAAAGAUCCGGAGGGAAAUUCUGUCAUUCUGUACAGUUUUUAGAUCCGGAGGGAAAUUCUCUCAUGUGUACAGUUUAUCAAACAGUUUAUGAUGCACUCUUCAAAAUUCGUGAUUAUCAUGAAAAAAAUAAAGAAAUGGGAGUUGAAAUGAAUUAUUCAUAAUGUAAAUGAGACGUCUAAGGCGAAGGAGGAAAAAAAAUCGAUUCGUACACUAGUGAUUUUAGUGGGGGAAAAAUCAAGAGAAAUAAAGUGUGAACUAGCAAUUCGUUGCAGCACCAAGUCUCAAACCUCAUUUGAUACUUAUUUAUUUGAGCCUCUUGGGAAUUGUAUCAUUGGAACAUUUGUUUGGUCCUGCCCAAACCAUGUUAACAGAUGUGAGGUCAUGUAAUACCAGGUUCAGAAGGCAAAACAGAGCCAGCCUGUAUGUAGAACUCACCGUAUACUCAACCAAGAAAUGCAAAUAUAGUUUUACUGGUAUUCAGGAGGAAGUUAAUUAGGGAGUUUAGGAGUUUGACACUACAAAACACUCGUAUUGGAGUUUGCACUGGGUAAGAGAAUAUAAUGUUAURAUAACUGGUUAGGCUGGAGUCGGGAAUACGAGAACUACAGUAGUAAUUAAAAGUAUUAUUACAGAACCGUCUGUAAAAAAAGCGGAAUCUGUAUCCAAAA